UCGUGUCGUAUGAUCGGAUCGCUUCUUGCAUUUUUCUCAUUAUUUUCUUCCACGAUGGCUGCCAACAAGGAACGUACCUUCAUCAUGGUUAAACCGGACGGUGUCCAGCGAGGACUCGUCGGUAAAAUCGUCGAGCGUUUCGAGGCCAAGGGCUUCAAGCUGGUGGCGCUGAAGUUUGUGUUCCCAUCGAAGGAUCUGCUCGAAAAGCACUACGCCGAUCUGUCCUCUCGCCCGUUCUUCCCCGGACUCGUCUCGUACAUGAGCUCCGGGCCGGUGGUUCCGAUGGUCUGGGAAGGACUGAACGCCGUCAAGACUGGCCGCAAAAUGUUGGGUGCCACCAACCCGGCCGAUUCCGAGCCCGGAACCAUCCGUGGUGACCUGUGUGUGCAGGUUGGCCGCAACAUCAUCCACGGUUCGGACGCGGUUGAGUCGGCAAACAAGGAAAUUGCCCUUUGGUUCAAGGACGAGGAACUGGUUUCCUGGACUCCGGCCACCGAAGGAUGGGUGUACGAAUAAGCACCCGUGACGCGGCGGCGGCGGCUUCCGUCGCGGAGUGAAUUCCUUAUGUUUUAAGUGCAACUCAAAUGCUUUUAAGUGCUUAUCGAAAAGAGAGAAAAUACAUGAUUAAAUGCAAGACUCAUAAAAGAAA